AUGCUUAUUAGUCCUGCAUUUGGCCACAGCCAUACAACCCAAAAACCCAAUGGAAAAACACACUCUAGCUACCUUCAAUACGACGCAUCAAACAACUUCACCUUUGUUGUCACCCAUCGCAAUGGAUCGACAUUUGUAUCACCUUUUGUAACAGGCAAUCUAACAGAACUCAAAGUGGGUGUUCUCUUGCCAUUUCAUCAAACAGAUAAUAAUUCUACUAUGCAAAUUACUCUAAGUGGUGCAUCUGCUAUUCGAAUGGCCGCCACUGAAAUCAAUGUACGGCAGCUCAUCCCGGGUGCAUACAUCACCCUAGUCGAAAAGGAUUCAUACCCCAAAGAAGUCGAAGGCCAGGCGGCCAUAACCCAAGCCGUCUUUUCAGCCGUGUCUCUUAUCCAAGAAGGUGUCAUUGGCUUAAUCGGUGAUAUCUCAUCAUCCUGGACAUCUCUCUCAGCUCUUAUGACAAGCACGCUCCAGAUACCACAAUGCUCAUUCUCAGCUGUCGCCACGUCCUUGUCUGAUAAAACACAAUACGGCUAUUUUUUCCGAACUAUUCCAACCGAUUUACUAUAUGUAGACGCUGCCUUAUCAUUUAUCACUAGCCAAGGAUGGCCAAUGAUUGGUAUACUCUAUUCAGGCGAUGAUUUUGGUCAACAAUUAUCCGAAAACAUCAUUAUGAAGGCUCGGAUGCGUGGUAUUAUUGUGAAAACAUACCAGUCAUUUUACGAAGAUGGGCCAACCAGUAAUAUACAACAAUCAAUCAAUGCUCUUAUGCGAUCAGAUGCUCGGGUAAUCCUUGUCGCAGCCGAGGGAAAAGCCCUCACAGCUGCCUUGACCGUCGCCGCAAAUUCAGGAUACAUUAGCGAUUCUAGUGUCUGGUUGAUGUUUGGAGAGGCGACUGUUCCUCUGAUAGAUUCAAUCGACCGAUUCAACCGAGUGAUUGCCCAGCGUAUUCGUGCCCCUGAUAGUAUCCAAACAGUGGUGCGGUAUGCAGGUCUGACAGGUCUUAACCAGAAAACGAGUCAAGCAGUAGAUCCAGCAGAGUAUGCCGCACGUGUCACGACAUAUAUAAGGCCUAUCGAUUUCAAUACAACGUUCUCAGGGGGAGUCUUUAUGUUCAGGUCUCGUAUGGAUCUUACAGGCUAUUCUCCCUUUGAUGAAUUUAUGGAAAAAUGGUCAAGGCUAGAUCCAAAAAUUUAUCCGUUUGGUGGUCAAACAGAUAUUAUCAGUAAUGAAGGACUAGCCUAUUCUUGUAUGAUGACAAUGGCACAGGGGUUCAACCAUGCCAUUCACAACUCCACCAACUCUACAUCAGCCCUUACACAACUAGCACUAGGACAACUGGGCCAGUACUUGACCCCCUCUGCAUUUAAUGUUAGUUUUCUGGGUCCCCAAGGUCCUGUACUACUAGACCAGAAUGGAGAUAUGUCUGUUGGAAAUUUUCGUAUAUAUAAUCUUCAAAACGGAUCAAAAGUCGAGAUUGGAAAUAUAUUGGCAGGCAAGCUUAACCUGACAUUGGCUCCUAUCUACCAUGAUGGAACUACAAAGGUACCCACGGGUGUACCUCCACGUACUUAUAUUAAUCCCGGCUAUUCCUCCCCAACGUCUAUAAUCCUCCUUGUGAUAUCAUCCUUUGGCACACUCUUUGCAGUGUGUACGAUUUUGCUGGUUCUUCUUUUUCGUAAGCGAGAAGUAUUCAAGGCAUCAAGUCCUCUGUUUUGUGUUUUGGAAUUAGUUGGCUUCAUUCUUGCAUAUAUAUCUGUAUACUUCUUUUUGGGAUAUCGUACACGAGUAGACUGUAUAGUGAUCCCAGUUACAUUUCAUUUGGGUUACUCUCUUGUUUUAGGAAACCUUAUUGCUAAAAAUUACCGUGUUUACCGUAUAUUUAAUAACAUCUUCAUUACCCGGACAGUCGUAACAGAUCUACAGCUACUCAAAGUCUCGGGUGGAAUUCUACUAGUAGACGCUGUUUUGUUGGUUAGCUGGUUAUGCUUUUCAGAUAUCCAGGCUGUCAAGAUUCCUGUGUCUAAUAACUCCUAUUUUGUUGGAUGUUCUUAUCAUGGAAAGACUCACCCUACCUUUGUAUGGAUUUUAACAUCCUUUGCUGCUGGGCAGCUUAUAAUUGCUACAUUUUUAGCUAUCCAGACAAGAUCUGUUGGACGCAAGUAUUCAAAAUAUAGUGAAUACAAACAAAUUGGAAUCUCUGUAUACAAUAUCUUCUUUUCAGCAUUGAUUGGAUUUAUUAUCUAUUACAUGCCAGCUACGGAUUAUUUCACUCGACACUACUUGACAGCAACAAUGAUUGUCUGGGCCAGCACCUUUUCACUCUUUGCUCUCUUUAUUCCCAAACUUCUCAAAUUCUUUUCGCGGGCUAGCGUAAACACUCAGGCCAAUGGAAAGGCAUCAGACUUGACAGGACGCCAGAGACCGCCACCGUCCCAGGACUGUACGGAUUUUACCGAUAAGAUCGACGGUGAAGGCCAAAUGGAGCAUUACAAUGGAGAUCUGCUUACCCUUGAUCAGGCUGCUAAUGGCGAUACACCAAUCGAUGGAGAUCUGUCGCGAUCUCAAGGUCGGAAACAGCGACCUGUCUUGCACCGUCAACACGGACCUAUUGACGCACUUUUGGGGUCAAAGGGAAUCCAACUUGAUGCCCACGAGGCCCGUAUGCCAAUCCAACAUGUCUUUCGAUAUCUUCCAUUCUUGGCGGCAUGGGAUAUGAAAAACAUCAUUUUAUUUCCCAGUCAUGGGUAUUUUUCAUGGAUUUCAGAGAGAUCUAACAAGGGGAGGGUUUUCGGUUACUCUCAUGCUUCACCAAACUCACUGUCUCCAGAGGCUUUUAUACUCAAGGUGCAUGGACUAGGCUUGUGGGACGUAUUGAUCCAAGUAUCUGACAAACAAACACUUGAACAAUGGUGCGAUUGGUUUAACCAAAAGAAUGUUCAGAAGCCGAGAUCCAGACGCUGCUCGUUUAUCACCAGUCGGACCUAUUUUACAUCCCAGGCACAGUUAACACUGACUGCGACAGAUAGUAGUGUUGGGCGUAACUUCUUAGGAGAUGGUAGACGAGAGAGCGAGGCGAGCAUGGAACUACCACCCAUACCUCACCAGAACCACCAGAACCACCAGAACCACCAGCAUCCGCACGAUUCAAACAAUCUAUUCUCAGGCUUGCCAAUACUCAAAGAACAUACAGAUGAACGAUUAUCACACGAUAGUCUGUUUUCGUUCAAACAAGAACCUCCUUUAUAA